AUGCGGGAGCGUCAGGAGCUGCUGGAGCGUGAGAUGGCUCGGCUGCUGCGGGAGCUGGAGCAGGGCCCCUCAGAAGAGCUGGACGAGGGCUGGGGAGCUGCGCUCUUGGUGCUCGGCAGCAGUGGCCAUGAGAGCGGCAGUGGAAAUGACCGAGAAGGCAUUCCUCUAUGUGCCAGUGACGGAGACGACGAUGAUGCCAUUGAAGGUGAUGAUGUGGAGGUAGAUGGCAGCGACAGAGGAAAUGACCGAGAAGGCAGUCCUGUGGCUGCAAAUGAAGGAGACAACAGUGAUGCCAUAGAAGGUGAUGAUGUGAAGACAGAGGAAGACGGCGAUGCUGAGCAAGGCCUAGAUGAAGCCGGUGAAGGGGAAAAGAAGGAUGUGCUGGUGCAGCAAGACAAGGACACUGGAAAGGAAGAAGGACACGGAAAUGAAGAAGGAAAAACCAGUGGUACGAAUAGGAAGGCAGACAACAAUGAUGAUGUAAAUGAUGGUGAGGACAUUGCAGAUGGAAAGGAGGAAUAUGUGGAUGUGAGGGUGCAGGAAAGCAGUGAUGCCAGUGAACAGAGAAGCGGUGAUUGGACGGGGCAGGAAGAUAGCAAUGACUGUGGGAAUGAAGUAGACCAUAGUGCUCUUUCUGCAAGUGAGGAAGAAAAGAAGGAAACGAUAAAAGUAGAUGACAGUGAUAGAAAGAAGGAUGAAGAACAGGGUGGUGUAAAUGUGGAGGCAAACAAGAAUGAGGAAAGGAAAGAAGACAAACAAGGUAACGUGGCUGCCAGUGAAACAGAAGGCAGUGAUGGUGGCAAAGAAGAAAGUGGCAAAUGCGGAAGAGAAGACAGAGAAGACACCCGAGAUGUUGGGAAUAAGCGAGGCAUCCUUUUAGUGGAUUACGUACAGUGGCCUGUGGAGGAACUGGAGAGAGGUCGCUCAGUGACAGCUGAGCUGAUGGAGAGCUUUGCGCGUGUCUUUGUGGACAGAGUGAGCAAUAGUUUCUACCCAGUGCCUCAAGAAGCCAUCGGGGUGGGCAGUGCCUUUGAGGGCUGGAGUCCCCCUGACUGGGAUGGGGUGUACCGCGUGCUGGUCCCGCUGAAUCCCCCGCCAGGGCACGCCUUCCACCUAGAGCUGAACAGCGCAGGGCAGACGGCCGCAAGGACCUUCAGUGUCCGCGUGGAGCUGGUGUGCACGUGCGAGAGGGAGCAGCUGGGCGAGAAGCUGCUGUGCUUCCUGCACCACUCGCAGAAGGAGCUGGAGCGGAAGCAUAAGCGCAGCCUCCUAGAGACACUCUGCACCGGCUCCUACCUGGACGUGGAGAAAACCUCCCACUGGUUCUACCAGCUGGUGAGAUGCUCCUGGCGGCAUGUGCCUCAGUCAGACUCAUGGCACUUGGCGUUUCAGCCCUGCAGCCGUUCCUGCCAAUUCCAGCUGAGCAAAGGCAGGAAGAGCCUGACGGUGGAGAUGCUCUUUGGGGUGCGCCAAGGGGACUCUGAUAUCUUUGUGGUCAGCCAGCCCACAGAGGCCCAGAAAGGGGGCUCCAGCACCUUUGUGAGCAGCCAGCCCCCCGAGGCCAACUUCAUCGCAAGCACAGCGUGGCCGGAGACGUACGCUGUGGCGGAGGCGAAAUUCUUCCGGCACAUCGCCAGGCAGGUGCCCUGUGAGAGCCUGCACCUGAAAUGCCUGCAGGUCUUCAACCUGCGUCCUGAGGGGCACAGGUUUUCCAGCUCUGUCUGGAAGACUGUGGUCAUGCACGUGCUGACCACCGUACCGCUGUCCCGGUGGUGCAGGAGGGAAUUUGCGCGGCGGCUGUGGGACAUCAUGGCGUACCUGCGCCGCUGCCUGCAGUCGAAACGCCUGGAGCACUUUGUGCUAGGCAACGAGAGGCUUCCUGCAGAGAUCAGCUUGCCACUGGCAAUGCGCAGGGUUGAGCCGCUCAACCUCUUUGAGCACCUGGCCCGAGAUCCGGCGGCCCACAGAGAGGCGAUGCAAGCUUAUGGUCAGCUGCGGUUUCGCCUCUGGGUGCUGCUCUCCAGCCACUGA